GAAAAAAAAAAUUUUUUUUUGAGUAUAUAUAUAUAAAUAUAUAUUGUUAAAAUUGAAAAACGAAUGGCGCUUUCGCUUUUAACACAAUUUCCCAGUUUCUCGGAUUUACAAACAUUUUUCGAUACGACACAUACAAAUACCUAUCAACAAAAUCAUAAUCAUCAACAAGAGCAGCAACAACAACAACAAUACCAACAACAAGAUCAAUUCGAUCAAAUGGAAUACAAUAAUCAAAGUCAAUAUCAUCAAAACGUUAACAAUAAUUGCCACAAUAGAAAUAGUGACAUUAACCACAGUAAUAGUAUCCACAACAACAACAACAACAACAACAAUUCUACCAAUAACAAUCUAAAUAAUAAUAAUAAUAACAACAAUAACAACAAUAGCAAUCAUUCGCAUAACAACAGUUCUACGAGUUUAAGCAAUCAGCAUUUCACGAAUACAAACCGAAACUAUAACAGUGGUUAUCAUCAUCAGCACAUUAGUGCAGAUUAUGAAACUGUAAUCAAUUUCAUAGACUCACCACCAAACUCAGAAGAAUCUUGGACAGACGAUCGUUCCAAAGGCUCACCCGGACCACAAAUAAUUGACGUUCAAACAAUUUAUUCCAAUAACGGAUCACGUAAAAGACGAAUGGAUUGGGAUUCCUUAGAUAUCGAUCAGAGUGGAAACACAGCAACAACAGCUCAAACGGAUGAAAUACCAAACAAGAUAACAAGUCACGAUAAAGAAAGACAUAAAAGAGAAAAACUUGGUGGUCGCGGUAGUUGGGCCGAUGAUAUAGGAUUCGAUUUAAAUGCAGAAUUUAAUAGCAACUCAUAUCUUAAUAAUGAAUUUUUGUCGUUCUCUCCUAACCUGACCGUGCUUAAACAAGAGCCUCAAACUGAGCAAUUAAAGGUGAACAAAAGUCUAUUGAACUCAAACACUGUUGGGAAUAUAUCAAAGACCGACAAAUCAACUUCAGCAGAUGAUCCAACAUUAAAUAAUCAAGAUCAAACAAAAAAUGAGGUGAACGACAAAUCGUGCAGUUGUGGCUCGCCCCAGAGUACGCAACAAGGUUUUGAACAGAACUUGACAAUUGUCGAUAAGCGUAUCAAUGACGUUCCAGAUUUUGACAACAGCAAUGCACCAAGCGCUGAAAAAACACAAUCACAGAGCAAUGUCGUCGUUCAGCAAUUAAGUGUAAUUGAUGCCAAUAAAAUUGAGAACUUACCAAUUGCCACAACUAAUUCUGACGAUCACAAAUUUCAGUACAUUUUGGCAGCAGCAACGUCUAUUGCAACCAAAAAUAAUGAGGAGACCCUCACUUAUUUGAAUCAGAGUCAAAGCUAUGAAAUAAAAUUGAAGAAAAUCGGAGAUCUUUCUUACUAUCGGGAUAAGAUUCUAAAGAGUGUUAUAAAGAUUUGCUUUCAUGAGAGACGUCUGCAGUUUAUGGAGCGUGAACAAAUGCAACAAUGGCAAGCAUCCCGUCCUGGUGAACGUAUCAUUGAAGUUGAUGUACCGCUUUCAUAUGGUCUGUGCCAUGUAUCACAGCCCUUGAAUCAAAGCUACUUGAAUACUGUUGAAAUAUUUUGGGAUCCAUUGAAAGAAGUUGGUGUCUAUAUAAAGGUUAAUUGUAUUUCUACGGAGUUUACAGCAAAGAAACACGGCGGCGAAAAAGGUGUACCAUUUAGAUUACAAAUUGAAACUUACAUUGAGAACCCGAACGGUUCUUCUAAUAAUCAAACUGCUGCUACGCAAGCAUCACCAAACGGUCCAGCAGUAUCUCCAAGCCCUAGCGGCACUUUAACUCCAACAAAUAACUUAUUAGUUGGCAUGAAACAGCCAGUUCAUGCUGCAGCUUGUCAAAUUAAGGUUUUUAAAUUAAAAGGCGCUGAUCGUAAGCAUAAACAAGAUCGUGAAAAAAUUCAAAAGCGUUCUCCAUCGGAACAAGAGAAAUUCCAACCAAGCUAUGAAUGUACAAUCAUGAAUGAUAUUCCGCUCGAUUUAAUUACAUCAUCAGCUGGUUGCUACAGUCCAGAAUAUAUGAAAAUUUGGCCGAAUUCACCAGUACACAUUCCGAAAUACGAUGGAAUUCUACCAUUUACAAGCUCAUCACCAGCAACUGCCAAUUCAAGUCCAAUUCAAGUUACUUCAACCAAUUCACCAUCACUUAAGCUAAUGGAGGCAAACAUGGUCUCACCACAGCAGGUGACAUCGGAGGUUGAAGAAUAUACUACAAACAUUACUCCUGAAACUACUCCAGUACAAGUUACUCAAUGGCUUACAAAUCAUCGUUUAACUGCUUAUCUUACAACAUUUACCCACUUCUCUGGGUCUGAUAUCUUGAGAAUGUCGAAGGAGGAUCUAAUACAAAUAUGUGGUCUUGCAGAUGGAAUUCGCAUGUUUAACAUACUUCGUGCAAAAGCAAUUAAACCACGCCUGACAAUUUACGUUAGCAUUGAUGGCCAUAACUAUAAUGCAAUCUAUUUAAUAGCAAAUACCUCUAAGGAAUUAACACAGAAGCUUGUUAAAAUUCCGGGCUUUUAUGAAAUGGUUGCCAACUCACCAACCAAUAACACAUUGGAAAAUGGUGCCUUGUACAAUAACUGGAGCAUGCACUCAAAAUACUCUGGCAGUGGUUCCAAUAUAUUCAAUGAUGCCAAUAAAAACUUUAUAUACGUGGUCGGCCCAUCCGGCAUACACGUGACCGUGACCGAUGAAGUCCUGAACAAUGAAAUCAACGAUGGCAGUCUCUAUGCCCUCGAAGUACAAAGUGGAAAAGUUGUUAUGAAAUUUAUCAAUAAGAAUGAAAACUAAUCAAUCGAAAUUUAUUUUGUGUAGCAUUUAUUUUAAUAUUUUGAAAAUAUUUUUUUUUAUAGUUUUUGAAUGAAAUAUUUGUAUGGUUUUCGUCAUUUUUGUUAUAAUUUUUAGCAACUUUUUUUUUUAAAUUUAAAGCUUUUCUUCAUUAAUUUGUUAACAUCAAAUCAUACGGUGAUGGAAAAUAUUUGAGUAGAAUUUACUUUUUUUCGUAUUUAAUUAAUAUAAACUAAAAUUUCCCCAAAGUUUUAGUUUCAUUUUACAAUAAUUUUGUAUCAUAAUUUUAAGACAAAAUCCGAGUCAGGCCUAUUUUACCAUGAAUAUUCAAUGGAUGAACAAUCAAACUAACAACCAAACAACAUUUCAAUUUUAAUAUUAAUUACAUUAAUUGUUAAUAUUAAUAAAAUUUGUAAUUUUCAA